AUGCAGCAACUGGCCAAGAAUGACCGUCGGAUGUCAUUAUCCGAUGACAGUGCCAUGAUGAAGCAAAUUCAGGGAACCCAUUCGCCUGAUGGGCGUGAUAUCUAUGCCAAGCCCAUUCUCCAAGUCACUGAGGACAUCCUGAACCAUGUCACUCCUGACUUUUCUGGACUAUAUAGGACAGUUGAGAUAAAAAGAAGGGAGGAAACCUCCUCCUUUGUGCGUAGUGCGGAGGUUAUUGGGAGAGAACGUGAAAAGGAAGUUAUAGUACAAUUAUUAGUGUCCUCUAGUGGUGAUGAAAAUGUUGAUAUCAUUCCCAUAGUGGGAAUGGGGGGUCUAGGAAAGACCAUCCUUGCACAGUCGAUAUACAAUGAUAACAAAAUUGAAUGCCAUUUUAGCAAAAGACUAGGGUUGCAAAGUCAAGUUCGAGGAGUGUUAAGUCAUCAAAAAAUUUUCCUCGUCCUAGAUGAUGUAUGGAAUGAGGACCCUGUAGAAUGGGCAAAACUUCGUGAUAUGUUGAUAGUCGGGGCAAGAGGAAGCAGAAUUGUUGUAACCACACGAAGUAGAAAAGUUGCUUCAAUUGUUCACACCAUGGACCCAUAUGAACUUAAAGGUCUUUCAGACAAUGAGUGUUUAUCUAUAUUGGUAAAAUGGGCAUUUGAAAAAGGAGAAAAGAGCAAGCAUCAAAACCUAAUCAAUAUUGGUAGAGAUAUAGUGAAGAAAUGUGGGGGAGCUCCCCUUGCAGCAAGGACCUUAGGAGCAGCAUUGCAUUCAAAAACUAAAGAGCGUGAUUGCUUGUCUGUAAGGGAUAGCGAAAUUUGGGCUUAUGCACAAAAUAAGAAUGAUAUCUUACCAGUUCUAAGGUUGAGUUAUGAUCAAAUGCCAUCGUAUUUAAAACAGUGUUUUGCCUAUUGUUCAUUAUUUGAGAAGGAUCAAAUAAUCAGCAAACAAGAGUUGAUAUAUUAUUGGAUGGCACAAGGAUUUAUAGAGUCUUUGGACAAUAAUGAAGAACUAGAAGAUACUGGUUAA